UCUCUCUCUCUCUCUCUCUCUCCUAUUUAAUCCAUGCUGAAAAGCAGAGUAUUACUUCCCAUCAAAUACACACAACUAGGAAGAGUGAAGUAGCUAGUACAAUAUUUUUAUCUUAGCUGCUCCUUCUUCUUCAUGGUCAUGGCCAAAACACAGAUCCUAAUAAUCUUUGUUUUGCUUCUUAUUGGGUUGUUUACUGGAAGCCCUGGAAUUGUAGUAGCAAAUGAAGAAGAAGAAGCUGAUAGGAUUGUGGCGCUCCCUGGACAACCCAACGUCUCUUUUCAGCAGUUUUCUGGAUAUGUCACUGUAAAUCACCAUGUUGGCAGAGCCCUCUUUUACUGGCUCACUGAGGCUGCUCAUGAUCCCUUGUCGCAACCUCUUGUUGUUUGGCUCAAUGGAGGUUAGCAACCACAUUCUAACUUUACUACAUAUAUACAGCGUCCGCAGAAUAAUAACGUCUGGACGUCCGCAUAGGAGAAUUUCUAUACAAAAUCAGAAUAUUUGUGGAAUAUGGUUGCCGACAUGAUGAGAAAAUUAUCCCCGGCUGGCGUCGGCUUCUCCUACAGCAACCGCUCCUCCGAUCUCUUUGACACCGGUGACGACCGCACCGCAAGGGACUCAUUGCAAUUCUUGAUCCGAUGGUUGGAUCGAUUCCCACGAUACAAGGGCCGAGAAGUAUAUCUUACAGGCGAGAGCUAUGCUGGCCAUUAUGUCCCUCAGCUGGCCAAAGCAAUUUUGACCUACAAUUCACAAUCCAAGCACCCAAUCAAUCUUAAAGGAAUAAUGGUGGGUAAUGCAGUGACAGAUAACUACUAUGAUAACCUAGGGACGGUGACAUACUGGUGGAGCCAUGCCAUGAUCUCUGAUAAAACCUACCGGCAGCUGAUCAACACGUGCGAUUUUCGCAGGCAGAAGAACUCCGAUGAAUGCGAAUCAUUGUAUAGCUACGCCAUGGAUAAGGAGUUUGGAAACAUAGACCAGUACAACAUUUACGCACCCCCUUGCAACAACUCUGAUGGAAGCACUUCUACAAGGCAGAGCAGCAUGCGUCUGCCUCAUCGACCGAUGUUCCGGCAACUAUCUGGCUAUGAUCCUUGUACGGAGAAAUAUGCUGAAGUUUAUUACAACAGGCCAGAUGUGCAGAAAGCUCUUCAUGCCAACAUAACCGGAAUUCCUUAUAAGUGGACUGCUUGCAGUGAGGUUUUGAAUCGAAAUUGGAACGACACAGAUGUAUCGGUUCUUCCUAUUUACAGGGACAUGAUAAUAGCUGGUUUGAGGAUUUGGGUUUUCAGUGGAGAUGUGGAUUCAGUGGUGCCAGUUACAGCCACUAGGUACUCCCUUGCACAACUCAAAUUAGAAACCAAAAUUCCAUGGUACCCCUGGUAUACUAAAAAGCAGGUGGGAGGGUGGACAGAGGUGUAUGAAGGGCUGACAUUUGCAACAGUGAGAGGAGCAGGUCAUGAAGUCCCACUUUUCAAGCCAAGAGAAGCUCUUCAUUUGUUCAAAUCAUUCAUUCAAGGGAAGCCCCUUCCAAAGUCCUCAUGAUAACUGAAAACCAAAGAGAAAAGGAAAAAAAAAGAGAGAGAAAUAUAAAGACAGGAAAAGGAAAAAAUUUCCUUGCCAUUUUAAUACCUGAGUCUUCUGAAUUAUUGUUAUUGUCCUAACUAGACAAGAAAAUGUGUUACUAGUGUUGAGAAACAAGUAGAGCUAGAGAGAGAGAGAGAGAGAGAGUUUGAUUGUGUUUUAGGAUGUUAGGCAAAUGGCCUGAGAUGAAGAAAGUUUAGUUUGUAAUUUGUGGGAUAACCCAUCAUCUAGUUUGGCUUUCGCUAGACCUAGUGUAGAAACUCCCUUGGCCAGUGUUUCUUAUUCAAGUGGGAAGUGAUGAUUGAAAUGUUU